AAGUUUUAAGUAGCCAGCCAGCCUGCACGCACACACAGACACAGCACAGCACAGUCAUGGCCAUGGCUGCUCCAGACACGUCUUGCCUGGUAGGCCCUGUAGCGUUCAAGGACUUGAACUGGAAGGACGAGGGCGAGAUGGUGAUCACCCCACCGGAUGAGAGUGCGGACAUUGUUUCCUCCCUGCCAAGCAACAUAACAGGCCCCAACAUUCAGCUGCGGCAGUACCAGGGCGUGUGGCUGCUAGGCACGGUGGUUCCCGGGCUUAUCUCCCUCCACCGUCGCUUCAGGUCGCGGCCGGGUGAUGUGCUCCUCGCGAGCCCUGCCAAGUCCGGCACUACCUGGAUCAAGGCGCUCACCUUCGCGACCAUGGCACGAUCCUCGUACCCGCCCUCCGCCGAUGACCACCCGCUCCGCCGCCUCAACCCGCACGAGUGCGUGCCCUACAUGGAGGACCUGUUCGUCAACGGCCACGAAGCCAAGCUGGAGGCACUGCCGUCGCCAAGACUCAUGCAAACGCACCUGCACUACUCCCUGCUCCCUCGCUCCCUCGCCAACUGCAAGACCGUAUUCGUCUGCAGGGAGCCCAAAGAUAUGAUUGUUUCGCUAUGGCACUACCUGCAUCGCGCUGGAGUGAACUUCUCCUUCUCGGAGGUGUUCGAGUUGACAUGCGAUGGCAAGAACCCCAACGGCCCAUUCUGGGACCAUGUCCUGGGAUACUGGAGUGCGAGCAAAGUCAGACCCGAGGGAGUCCUGUUUCUGAGGUACGAGAAGAUGCUAGUCGAUCCGGUCGGUACCGUCCGAGAGCUCGCGCGGUUCCUGGGCGCGCCGUUCUCGGCAGCCGAGGAGACGGCGGAGUUGCCGAUGGAAAUUGCCAAGCUGUGCAGCAUAGGCAGCAUGAGAGGCCUCCAAGGGAACAAAACAGGAAGCAUUGGCCAGUUUAAGUUUGCGCACCAAAGCUUUUUCAGGAAAGGGGUCGUGGGGGACUGGGUGAACCAUAUGACGCCUGAGAUGGCCCGCCGCAUGGAUGCCAUUGUCGAGGGAAAGCUCCGGGGAUCGGGGCUCACCUUCACGUCUUGAUGGUGGUGCAGAACACACGGAGCUGGCACAUGACAGAGGAAGCAGCUACAAGCUCUCAGCUCCGGGUCCGUCCGUGAUCAUGUCCCCUCGCUCCGAGCUCUCAGCUCCCGUCUGUGCGCUGCAAGCUCUUGCAGCGAUGCGAGUCGAAAGUGUGUGUCUGCCCGGUGUGUGUUGGCAAUAGGCCCUUGCUAUUUCCCUUCUUCAUCGUACGUGAUAGCUCAGCGAACUAUGUAUGGUUGCCUAUGCGUUCUGUGUUAGUUGCUAGCUCUGAAGUGAACUGUCCUCUCCAAUUUGUAUGGAACUGUAAUUUCAUUUUC